AACUCUGCUGACGCGUCUAAGAUACGGAAAGGAUGUACUAUGCCUUGUUAUUACCCAAAUAACUUUGCCUGACUUCCUUACGUGUAGCAAUGCCACUCGGUUGUUUAUCGUGCUUUGGGGCCCCCAAGCGGCAACCAGAGACAGUAUAUAUCGAGGAGAAGGUCUGCGUGGCUCAGGAACCUCAAUACGAUGACACUUUCCUCCACGACUUGCAAGGCGCUCUUUCUAAAGCGCCCACCGAUGGCGCGGAAGUGCGCAUUGCCCACGUUGUCGCCCAGGUUCUUCAACAUCUACGCGCCCGAGUUGUGAGGCUGUACGGCUGGACUCCCGAGGAGGUGGAGGAGGGCACCGCCGGCAACCUGGUGCUGCUGGCGGUGGACUGGCAGCGCCCCGCCACCUCGGACUCCGCCUCCUCCGUGGUUUCGGAGCCGGCGGACGUACCCGGGCAGCGGGUGACCAUCCCCACACCCGCCAAGGCCCCCGCGGCGCCACCCGCGGGUGCUCAGGGUGCUGGUGCGGGGGGCGGCGGCGCAGCAGCAGCAGCCCUCAGCGCGCCGGAGCCGCUGCUGCAGCAGGCGGUGCAUGGCAAGACGCCCGUCAUCUUCCAGUACCCCUCCCCCCUCCGCUCCGCCACCUCCCCCGCCUCCCCCCUGGCCCCAUGCGACUGCGCCUCCGACCACGCCACCCACGGCGCCACCAGCUUCGCCGCGCUGCCCCUCUGCAGCGGCGACCGCCUCUUGGGCGUCCUCUGGAUCGCCACCUCACCCCCGCCGCCACCCCCCUCCCCCACCUCCAGCCCCGGGCCCGUCCUCCUCUGCCCCCCCGUCCUCCCCCCGCUUCCCCUCUGCCGCCACGUGUGCACCUCUGUCUGCAUGUGCCUGCUGGGCGCAGUGGACCCGGAAUACCUGUCCUGGCUGGCGGGCAGUCUGCGGCGGGUGGCCGGCAGCGCCACCCUGCAGGCGCUGGUGGGGGAGCUGUGCGAGGCGGUGUCGCAGCAUGUACGGCGGAGGUUCUUCCUGGAUGCGGUGGCGCAUGCGGCGGUGGUGCCGGAUGCGCGGUCGACGGUGGGGUUCAUGUUGGACCACCGGCCGCUGCCGGGGGGGCCGGGCGGGGUGGCGAGGUGGGCGGCGGCGGCUGCUGCGGCGGGGCGGGCGGGGGGUGGCGGAGGGAGCAUUGGAGCGAUGCCGCGAGGAGCGCUGGGGCAGCAGAGCCUGCGCCGCAGCGACGACAUGUCCAGUCCCGUGGGCGGCGGCUCCAUGGGCGCCCUGCCCCGCCCCCCCGGCCUCUCCCACUCCGCCCUGCGCACACCCACCUCCCAGAACCGCCGACCCAUGACACCAUGGGCCGAGCACGCGCCCUCACCCGCCACACCCGCAUCAGCCGGCGGCGCCACCGGACCCUCCGUCGGCCGCCCGCCGCCCUACCCUGACGCCGCCAGGGACCUCCUCCGAGGCGCCUCAGCCCGCCUGGGCACCGGCGGUGAUGCCGCCGCCGCCGCCGGCCUGGGUGCCGUACCCUCCCUCCGCGCCAAGGGCUUCCAGUUGUCCCACACGCUGCUGCAACGCAUGGUAACAGCGCCCGCGGCGGAGGCGGGCCGGGGGCAGGAGGGCGUGUACGGCGGUCUGACGGUUGCGGAUUGCGGCCGUCACGUGCAGGACGUGCACCAGCCCUCCCGCGACGUGUGCAUGCUGAUGGCGGGGGGGGUGCGCGGGGCGGACAUGACAGCGGACGCCUCGGACAGCAACAUCUUUGCGAGUGAGCGGUCCACGGGGCGGAUUGCGAUGCAGUCGCUGGUGCUGGUGGGGGUGGAUGUGGGGCAUGUGGCGCCCACCUCACAGCAGCAGCAGGGGCAGGGGCAGCAGGGGCAGGGACAGCAAGGGGGGCAGCAGCAGGAGGGUGGAGGCGGGGGCGGAGCUAUCCUGGCGCUGUACCUGGCGUUCCCCACCAAGCUGCCGCCGCUGCUGGUGGCGAGUGCGCAUGCGAGCUGUCGGCAGCUGCUGAGCCUGAUGCUGGCCCGCCUCGUCCGUCGCAAGGUCUCCACCGAGCUGGCAGCCGAGUUCUCCACCCUCUGCUCCGGCGUGCCGGGCGCCUACGCAGUGCUCCCCAGCAGCACCCCCCCGCCCCAUGCAGCACCCUACACCCCCUCCGCAGCCGCCGGCGCCUCCGCCUCCCACCGAGCCGACGGCUCCGCCAUCCCCCCGCUGCUGCAGUCCCCGGGCGGCGGCUUCUU